AUGCCUACUGUCGCCUUGACUUUGAUAAUUAGUACUGUACGAUCUACUCUGGGGGACACAUACCUCCCAUUCAACCGACUCAUCUACAAAAUCGCCUGUAACUUUGGAUUCAGGCUUCACAUGGACAACCUCGCGCCUAUUCACUUCAUCAAUGAGACUACACUCAACAAUAUGGAGAUAGGCCCCAGGCAACACCAAGCCAGAAUUGAUAAGUACGGGGAUGAGAUAGAAGAAGAGAUCGAAGAAGUGGAAGGUAGUGAAGAAGAGGAAGGUAGUGAAGAGGAGGAAGGUAGCGAAGAAGAGGAAGGCAACAGAGAAGAGGAACAGGAAGAAGAAGAGGAGGCCAAGGAUUCGAAUGGGGGACCUCCUACUGCUCGUGAGGACCGCCAUGACUGGGCCACCUUAGAAGUCCGCAUGUCUAAGAUUGAAGAAAAUCAGUCCUACUCAAGGCAGAAGUUCGAGGAAAACUAG